UCUUGAGGAACGUGAACGUAACAAAGGUAAACGGAUGUGACGUGGGUGAAUGAUGUAGGCAACAUUGCUCAAGAUGGCUGCGCUGGUGUCGUUAAUUGUCAAGUCCAGAACAGGUUUGUUGAUACCUGGUCAGCUCUCUCUGCUGGACUCGGUGAGGUUUGCGUCUAAGAAGGCCGGCGGCAGCAGCAAGAACCUCGGAGGAAAGAGCCCUGGAAAAAGAUAUGGCUUCAAGAAACAGGAUGGAAACUUUGUCCAUGCUGGUAACAUCCUUGCAACACAGAGGCUGAUGCGGUAUCACCCAGGAGCUCAUGUUGGAAUGGGAACCAACAAGACACUCUUUGCUCUGGAGGAUGGCUAUGUCAGGUUCACUAAGGAGGUCUAUGUCCCAUCACCACGGAGCCCAGAGGCUACUCAGGUCAUCACCAAGCUGCCAAGAGGAGCCGUCCUCUACAAGACCUUCAUCAAUGUCCUUCCAGUCAAGCAGGAGGGCAAAUUCAAGCUAGUGGACAUGGUCUAAAACUGAGCACAUAGAGCUCAUUCAUACGUUGGUCAGGAUUGUUUAGGAUUCACCCUGACUUGGAUUCCAGAGAUCUCAAGAAGAUGGCUGCUGACCUCAAAGAUCUUUCCUGGGAUCCCUGGAGUUACACAACUCUCUGCCUGACUUAUAAACAAAAGUUUGGGUCAAACUCCCACAGCAUUUUACAAUUUCUUUACAAAACACAAAUGAAGAAAGACAUCUGUUGUUUCAUUCGGUAUAAGUCUUUAAGGAGACGAGAGUUAAAAAUGGUAUGAAUCCAAUAUUUCAUGGUGUCAUUCCAGUAGUCCAUGAUACAGGAAGUGUGAUGAAAAUAAAUGUACAGUAUGAGACAAGUAAAGUGAAGAGAGUAAAUUAUAAUUGUAAACUGGACUCAGUUCACACAGGAAUCCCCAUCACACUGAACUGAGGCAUCAUUGCUGUCAUACUGAAUAUACAUAUAUUUAGUGUAUUAAAGUUUUCUAUGUGAAAGUCUUACAUUGAAUGAA